AUGAAUGAAAAGGAUACAGAAAGCAACUGGACAACAGUUGUGAGACGGGGCAAGGCGCAAGCGAAGGCAACAGAGAAGGCAUCAGCAAGGUCAAAGAUAUCCACAGCAGCGGGAAAACGGCGGGCACCGCUCCCGGCCAAUUGCGCCGUAACCCCGAAACCUAAGAAUACGCAGCAGCCAAAACAGCAGACAAAGCAGCAGCUAAAACAGCAGCCAAAGCAGCAAUCAAAGCAGCAACCCAAGCAACAGUCGAAGCAGCAACCAAAGCAGCAGAAGCAGCAACCAAAGCCGCCUCCAACGGUUCCCGCUAACGCCCCUUCAAGCGAGCAGUGGGAUUCCCUUUGGCCUUCUCUGUCGGCAGUUCCUCAAGAGCCACUACGUAGAACGGGAGCAAUCGAGACAGCCGCAUACAGCUUCACAGAGGGAAAGCAGGAUAUAAGUGACCCAGAAAGAGGAGUUUCGGACACCACUGACGCAGCAGAUACUUUGCCUACUGAAGCAUCUGAUGGAGAACAUGCAACACCAAAACAACAUAAAGCAAAGGCGAAAACUUGUACAUUCAAGUGGGGUAUGAAACAAGAGCCAGAAGCUUUGCACAGAGAACCACCUGCUGCCACUGAAGAUGGGCCAGAGAAACCCCAAUUACAGCAGCAAUUACAAGCGAAGCAACAGCAGCUGCAGCAGACUCAGGCGCUGCAGCAGUUGCUGCGACUGCCGCUGCUGGCUCCAUUAGAAGAGGAUUCAAUGAAUCUUUUGUCAACUAGCAUUACUCCAUCAAGCAGCUGUGCUCAAUGCGUGGAUGACGCUAACUUGCUUGCGAACUUUCGUUACCCAUCAGAAGGGACAAAUUUGAGCGAGUUGCUUUACGGAAUAUAUUUCGUUUUGGAAGUUUUGGAAGAAAGACGAUGCCGAGAGGAUUUCAUGGAAUCCACUCAAAUACCUGGCCUCCCAGACCCAUAUAUCACCACAAAUGUCGAAUGCGAUGGAGUAUAUACACGUCUCAGGGCUCAAGAGGAAGCUGCAGCUUUCUUAGCGGAUACUGCUACCUAUAACAGGAAGAGGUCAUACCCGGGGGAACCAAUAGAAGAAGACAUUCAGGAUGAAAACACCAGAGAUAAAUCGGCUUGCAAAGAAGAGGCGCCAUUUUCCCUCCCAGAGAGCGACGAAUACGCAGCUGAUCUGCCCAAGUUGUUGCAUGCGUUUCGAUGCGCCACGAAAAGGGCAGGCAUGUUCACACAUGGCCAAGUGUAUCACCUCACCAAAGUUGUCGAAUUCCUACUUGUGGCAGCAGUAGCAGAAACAUCAGAUGAGAAGCACUCGCUACCAGCAAGCCUGGAUGAGUGGCCACCGCAGCAGCUGCUGCAGCUGCGGUGGUUGCUGGAGAUGCAGGAAUUGCCCGUUAAAUAUUACCUCAGGAAGGCAGCAACCUUCUGUAAGGGCAUUGCCGCUUUCCUGGAGAAGCCGCGGGAGGCUUACACGCAGGAAGCCAGCGGCGUCGCCAAGCCACCUUUUGAAAAAGAGGUACAGUCUUCCCAACUGUUGCAUGUGAUGCCGUUGCCAGCCCCAGAAGCUCACCAUCCUCAGACACGCCUUCGAGAGAUUUUGCUUCAUCGCACCUUCUCUUUGGUACACGGUGACGAGGCCAUCGAGGAGCAGCAGAGAGAACAACAUCUACCUGAUGCCGGUGUUGAGAACAAAGAGCAAAGUAGGAAGCGGCUGUGUCAACAGCAGCUUAAGGCUUUGCAUGUUGAGUAUGGGAUGCUCUACCAAUGGGCAGACGAGGGACGACCUGCGAGUUCUACAUUUGACUCACUGCAGCGACCAAUAGGAAACAGAAACGAACCCGCGUGUACCCAUGGCACAGGCUUCCCCCCGCCCCCGCCCCGCGACAGCAACGCCAGGUGCUCCCAGCCAUUCUGGCCGCAUCAGCCCUUCCCGCUUCCGCCGAUGAGUCUCCUCUCAACUUUACAGCCCAGUGCGCACCCAUUGAAGCAAAGCAGCAACAGCGAGUGCGAUUGGCCUGUUGAUCCUUUUUCUGUGACCCAGUGUGGUUUGCAAGAGAAAGAAUGCCAUGCAGGUUUUCCGCUGAACCUCCACAUUAAGCAGGGAGCAGAACUCCUCCCCACCCAAGUGUGGCCGUCAGCAGGGCUCAUCGAAAAACCAGAAGCACUGCUUUGGAAUACACGCACUGGCGUUCCUGUUCCAAAGGAGGUAGACUGGUUUUUUGACGCAGAAGUGACAAGAGAAAGCCUUGACAACAUGGCAGGUCUGCAGCCGCACUGCCAGCAGCAACAACUUCCAAACGCACAUUCACCAAGCAUUUCGCUUGCCCCUGUAACCCCUCGCCAAACUCUGCAGGUCGAACGGAGGCAAACGCUUUCUUGGUUGCUUCCGUUGGCUGAAUCCUCCCUAAAUCGCUCAGUUGAGGCUCCUGUAGAGCCGGCAGCCAAUGAGUUGUUGCAGCAGCAGCACCAGCAGCUCACCUGCAGCUUAUCGGCAGACGCAAAUAGAGACUGGAUUGCAUGCAAGCAUUUCUUUUCGGCGUCUACGCCUUCCUCUGACACCCAAAGCUGCGAUUCGUGCGAGCUUCAGGAGAUCGACAACGCGCAGCUGGGGAGGGAAAAAAAGGUGUCAUUUCCUCAAAUUCCUCAAUACACCGCCUACAUGGGGCUUCCCAAAGACAGCCCUCAAAGCCGUGCACUUCUAGCGAAACGCCGGAGGGGAAAGAAUCAACAACCACAGCAGCGACAACAGCAACAGAAUCACCAGCACCAACAGCCGCUGCUUCAGCAACGGCAGCAGCAGCGUCCGCAGCAGCGUCCGCAGCAACAACAGCAGCAGCAACAUCGAAAGCAGCAAGUGUACUUGAAAGAUACACAGGUAGCUAGAAUUCUGCAGGAUCAAAACCUUCCGCACUUGUUAUCUUCAAGCUUUAGGAAGGAUCUCCGAGACAGAGAAAUAACCGCCGAAGAGGAUACAAUUACACCAACAGACCCCGCCGCGGGGGGGUGUCAAAUGCAACCAACCACCCCUAAACAAGAAUGA